CUUGUUUUGAGGGGUCAAAUAAACUGUUCCUCUAAUUUAGUAAAGGGAUAGCUGGAUUAAGUUAGAUUAAUAUUUUAUACUUCUUAAACACACUGGAAAGACAUCUUAAAACUUUAAAAAAAUUAUCCUUGACUAAUAGAAAUAUGUUACUGUCAUGUGAUAAAGGAUGAAAAGUUGGGAAAUUGAAACAAACAGCAAAAUGGAAAGUUCUCAGACUAAAUAUCGAAACAUGGAUCCAGAUGAAGUUGACAAACUUGAUAUAGGUGAAGUCUCUGAUAUCUUAGAAAAGUUGGAAAUCGAUUAUGGUCAUCUUGAAAACUUAGAUGAGAUGAGUGCACUUUUAAAGCAUUACUUGAUGUCAAAAAGAAGUAAUAACACAGAUACAAAAGGGAAAGAUGCUUCAAAAGAUUUGACAGCAAAGAGUCAAAUGAUGAUGGAAGAGAUUCUAGCGAAAGAUCAGAAGAUGAAAGAAGAGUUAUCGGACAUAUAUACGGAGCUGAAAGAGUUUAUGGAUACAGUUGGCGAUGACUUACGGUCAGUGAUGGAAGAAAUUCACGGAAAGUUUGAGGAGAAACUUGUAACCUACCAGGCAGAACUAACCAAUAAUGAUUGUCCAAUUGUUGUGGCUGGCGAAACAAGUGCCGGCAAGAGCAGUUUGUUAAAUUUGAUUCUCGGCACGGAAGUUCUACCGCACUCUCUUUUAUGCGCAACCUCUACAAUUUGUCGUCUGCACAACAGCGAAAGCAAACGAUUUGAAAUCAUAACAGACACCGAUGAAGUAAUUAAAAUAGAAGUUGAUAGUAAUGAUGAUCCAGAUACUCAGGAAGAAAAGCUAAAAGAGAAAUUAAAACCAUACGUUAGCGGUACAGAAAGUCGAGAACAACACAAAUACAAACAAGUUGAGAUUUACUGGCCUAUACCUAUGCUUCAGGACCAAGUCACUAUUGUGGACACACCUGGUGUAGGAGAAAGCGAUGAGAUAUCCAAGAGAUUGUUCGAAUACCUCCCUAAUGCUGUUGCAUUUAUAUACGUCAUCAACAGUGCAAACGCUGGUGGUAUACAAGAAGGCAGACUCCUGCACAUUCUGCAAGAACAAAGUAGAUGGCAGAUUGAAGGACGUUUGACAACAUUUGAUUAUAACUCUACCAUAUUUGUAUGCAACAAGUGGGACAUUGUAGAGAAGAGGAGAGCAGAGGAUAAAGUUUGGGCGGACACAGAAACAAAGUUAAAAAACGCUCUUCCAGAUUUUCCCCUAAGCCAAGUUUUCAAAAUGAGCGUUACAGAGGCGGAGAGAUACAAGAAGUCGGAUAUGGGUCUCACUACAAAGUUUAAAAACCUUUUAGAGGGUAUAGAACUAUUAGUGCCUGCAAGUCUAUAUGCAAAGAUUGGCCGACAUUUUAAAUAUUUAGAAAUGUUUCUUCAACAACUGCAAUCUAAGAUCAUGUCGAGAAUCAACCAUGCGAAGAAAUCAGAAGAAGAGAAGAACAAACUGUAUGAUGAUGUCGUUAGACGCUUGAACAGACUUAAUGCAGACUCUAACAGGGUGAAAGAUGGUCUUAUAAAUACUGCCAGAUCAGAAUGUCAGAUGAUGGUGAACAAGUUGCACACGUACUUGCAAAGUGACGACGUCAAAAACCGUUUACUAUCGUGGCGGGAAGAAGACGCGCCAGAUAUUGAAGCGGACGACUUUGAAGUAGCUAAAUUUAAAGCGGAUGGUGUUAUUGUUGAAAGAAUCUUAAAGUUCUUGAAAGAUUGGGAAGAAGAAAAUAAACUGGUUAAAUUAGCAUCUGAAAGACUAACAAAGAUGUUCAAAGAAGAAUGUCAGAUUAUAUCGAAGGACUAUACAGAUGUAAAUGUUGUUGUUGAAGGCUUCAUAGACGAAGAUCUCCCAAUAGCUUUAGGUAUUGCACCUAAUGGGAAGCCUAAUGAAGCUUUAUUUACGAAGAGUGAAAAAGUGAUUUUAGCAGUGGCAGCUCCUCUAUGGGUUCCAUUAGUAACGGCUGCCUCACUUUUGUUUUUGCCUGUUGGUGUCGGAAUGUUCAUAAAAGAAACUAUAAAGGCCGGGAAACAGCGUCGUGAUUACACAGAAAACAAAGUGAAAUACAUGAAAGAAUGGACAACUAAGAUAAUGGAAACGGCUUUCACAGAAGACAACAUUGCUUCGUUUAUAUUUGAAGUAUACUUUGGAAACUUUGAAAGGAAGAUCGUAGAACUUUGUGAUGAGUUUAUACCAAAGCAGAUUGCAGCUGACCAAAGGCAGGUGAACAUCAUUGCCAAUGACAGACGGACAUCGCACCAAAUUCUUUCAGAAUUCCAACCAUUAUUGAUGAAGUUGAAGAUGGUGAUGGGAAAGUUGAGAUUUUUUGAGCUUAAAUACAUGGCGAAAGACAUGAUUGCACCAACUGAUUUGCAUAUCGAGAAGGAGGUUGGAAAAGGUAAUUUCUCUGACGUAUACCUUGCCACGUGGACAAAUGGAGAUAAGCAGGAAAAAGUUGCAAUGAAAGUGCUACGGAGAAAGAUGAAAGGUUAUGAAAUGGUGUCACAACUGGAGGAGGUUGAAUGCUUAAGAAAAUUUAACCAUAAGAACAUAGUGAAGAUUUACGGGGUAUGUUAUACGUCUGGUAAUGGGGAUUACGGGGAUAAUCAGCUUACGAUGGUGCUGGAAUACUGCGACAAGAGCUUAGAAGAUUUGGCCUUCUCUGAUGAAAGAUUAAAAUGCAAAAACUACAAGUCCAUGUCGGAAAGAUACCAAGCGUUUAAGUUUUAUGUUACCAUGGCUACGGGAGUAUGUGAUGGUUUGACAGAAAUGCACGGGAAAGGUUACUUACAUAGAGAUCUAAAGUUAUCUAACGUCUUAGUUAAGAACAACACAGCAAAAUUGUGUGACCUAGGAUUUGCUAGGAUGGAGGCGGCUACCACUGGUACAUUUGUUGGAACUAUGACACAUAUGUCACCAGAACUUAUAAAACAUGAUAAUUACACAUUUAGCACUGAUAUUUACAGUUUAGCUAUUCUUCUCUGGGAAUUGUGGUACGGUCACCACGCAUACACAGAGUCUGAUUAUCAGGGACUGACCACCUUUCAACUGUUACAAGCUGUAAGUACUGGUACCCGACCACAGUUGAAAUGGAAAUUCAGACCGACAAAAGAGCUUGGUGAUGUGAUAACAGUUUGUUGGCAUGAGGACCCACAAAAGCGUCCUUCAGCACAAGAAGUGGGAACUAAACUUAGACAGAUGUAUAAAGGAUACCACAACGAAGAUAUAUAAAUGUUGAAUGACAUGAGAGAUGUGAUUGAACUGAUUUAACCGUUUGUAAAGUUUAUAUAUAAUACCUGGAAUUAUAAUAAUGGUAUAGAAGUGGUUUUGGAUGAUUAUUUGCAAAUUUGUUAAACGUACAAUAAAUUAAUUAAAACGAUAUAACUUUA